UAGACGGACCGACGCGAUUACGUUCCAAAUACGAAUGCGCGAAUAGAACAUUCAAAGUGCUAAAUUGUGAAGUCUAGUGAAGUGAUACCUAAACAAGUUGGCAUGUGGUCGGUUUAAAACGGUCCUGUUGUAGCUGUCCUGUGCAAGUGUUAUAAGUGUAAUCCAUUAUUAUUUUCACGAACCAUUCGGUACAACCUCGUGGGAGCCGUUUCCGGAAUGUACAAAAAUGGCUGUGAAUAGUAAUUACCUGGCAACGCGCUGCUAAAACCCUGGAAGAAAAAACACAAAAUGGCAUAGAAACAGAUCCGAUGAAAUUGGAACAAGAUACAAAAGAGACCGAAUAGAGAAAUGGGUCCGCAAAGGUGAUAUUCACUGAAAAUGGCCGCCGAUAGACUGCCACUACACCUCUGUAACUCAAUAAAACAGUACUGGCUGGAAAUAGAAACGAACAUACGCAGAAUUCAAACGGAGAACCUUUUAGAUUUUAAAAAGAAAUUACAUUUAAAUAUAGGAGUGAAGGAAAAAGUGAAAUUAGUGUUACUGUUAGUGUUGUUGUUGACUGAGAACACGAGUGGUAACAGCUUUACGGGUAGCAGGAACUCUAUGUUAAGAACUCGAGUUAUUGGUACUAGGUACGGCAAGUUGCAAGGUGUAAUCCUGCCAAUGGAUCAGCAUAAAUAUUUGAAGCCGGUGGAAGCAUACCUAGGAGUUCCAUACGCGACGCCUCCUACUGGCUCCAACAGGUUCGCCCCAACUCGCGCACCAGCUCCCUGGGACGAUAUAAAGACCGUCGAUCAGAUGGGUCCAGUUUGUCCCCAACGCUUGCCAGACAUCUCCAACGAAACGUUGGCUUUGGAGAGAAUGCCCAAAGGUCGACUUGAGUACUUAAGGAGGCUGCUACCAAGACUGAAGAACCAGAGCGAAGAUUGCUUAUAUAUGAAUAUCUACACUCCUGUUCAAGUCGGCACAACCCUUCAAGCUAAAUACCCUGUGGUCAUUUUCAUUCACGGGGAGUCCUUCGAGUGGAAUUCCGGCAACGUGUACGAUGGAGCGGUCCUGGCAAGUUACGCUGGUCUGGUCGUCAUCACCAUCAACUAUAGGUUGGGAAUUCUCGGAUUCCUGAACGCGAACCCAAUACCACACCUAAAGGCCCGAGUAGCCAACUACGGUCUGAUGGAUCAGAUUGCAGCUCUGCACUGGGUUCAGCAGAACAUAGCAUUAUUUGGUGGCGAUGCUGGUAACGUCACCAUGCUAGGACACGGCUCUGGUGCUGCUUGUAUCAACUUCCUCAUGAUAUCUCCUACUGUCAUGCCUGGUCUAUUUCACCGAGCGAUUCUCCUCUCCGGCUCGGCGUUAAGUUCCUGGGCGUUAGUAGAAGACCCUGUCAGCUUUUCCGUCCAACUAGCUAAGCAGUCCAACUGCACCCUCCCCGAUGACAUCGUCAAAGAUCACGAACUCAUCGUCGAUUGCCUCCGAGAAGUUCCUUUAGACGAACUCAUGUCUGCAGAAAUUCAAACUCCGAGCUACUUGACAGCCUUUGGCCCCUCUGUUGACGGAGUUGUCGUAAAAACCGAUUAUGCCAAAGAAUUAUUAACAUUUUUCAUCCCAAAUGACCUUCAAGGCUUCACAAGUGUAUCUGGCGUGAACAACAUUAAAGCAGACAAGCGGAGUGGGGACAGAAUCUUCGGGAUAAGAGGCGGGCAGAACAAAUACGAUCUCCUCUUCGGUGUAGUUACGAGCGAAGCCCUUUGGAAAUUCUCAGCGCAAGACAUACAAAACGGCUUCGAAGGGGAGAGGAGGGAUAAAAUAAUAAGGACCUACGUCAGAAAUGCUUACACAUAUCACUUGAGCGAGAUUUUCUUUACCAUAGUCAACGAGUAUACUGAUUGGGAGAGGACAGUUCAGCAUCCAAUAAACACGAGAGACGCAGCAGUCCUGGCGAUAUCAGACGCUCAAUAUGUAGCACCACUUGUCCAAACUGGAGACUUCCUGAGUGUCGCCAAGAGUUCUCCAGACUCCGGUCCCAACACUUUCUUCUACGUAUUUGACUACCAGACGAAGGAUGGUGAUUAUCCUCAGAGAAUGGGGUCCGUGCAUGGAGAAGAGCUCCCGUAUUUGUUUGGCGCGCCACUAGUCGAAGGUCUGGGCCACUUUCCAAAAAAUUACACCAAAUCUGAAGUAGCCCUUUCUGAGGCAUUCAUACUGUACAUCGCCAAUUUCGUCAGAACCGGGAACCCGAACGAAGCUCAACGGCAAGAAUCAGUGCUGCCGAUAUCCCGCGAGAGAAACCGCUACAAGAGCAUAGUCUGGGAUGAAUACGACACACUACACCAGAAGUAUCUUGAAAUUGGAAUGAAACCGCGCAUGAAAAACCACUACCGGGCCCAUCAGCUAUCCGUCUGGCUUCGACUGAUCCCGGAAAUCCACCGAGCGGGCAUGAAGGACGUUGUCGCGAAGCACAACCUAUUCAGGAACCACAACGACCCGGAAUUGUACGACGGCUUGGUCCGACCCGACCCGCUUACAAGGGUCAACUAUUACGACCCCACUCUGGAACUUUAUCGCAAGCCCUACAACGUUACUUUGGACAUUCCAUCAACAACUAUGGAUACUUACGUAACAACUUGUAUCAGUGUUAUUUCCGCUCGACCAGGCUCCGCCGUUACGCACAGCCAAACCCCGAAUAAUACCCAUACGCAGGAUGUAGCGAAUCUUGAAGUCGCUGGCUACACAGCUUAUUCAACCGCUUUAAGUGUGACUAUAGCUAUAGGAUGUUCCUUGCUUAUAUUGAACGUCCUUAUAUUUGCCGGAGUAUAUUACCAAAGAGACAAGACUCGGUUGCAAGUUAAAGCGCUGCAACAGCAACAGAAACGGAAUCACAAUUCGACGUUCGAUAGUGUUUCAUCGAAACAUCCUCAUUACUUCGUUGGUCAUUCACAAAGCUCAAGCACAAUAGUCGAUAUUGACCAUCAGGACAAGAAUGCGAUAAUUGCGAUGACAAAUCGAGUACCUCACUUCCCGAAUACGAAUUGUCCGAAUGUUUGUCAUACGGGCAUUCAAAUUUCGAACCUAUCGCAGAAGGCGAGUCCUCCAAACCAGAGAGGUCAAUGCACGACGUUACCUCGGAAAGUAGGGUUCAGUUAUCAGCAGCAGAAUCAGAUAUGUAACGCGUCAAAUUGUAUGACCUUACCGAAGAAUGCGACGUUUAUGGGCACUAGUAACUUGCCUGAUGUUCAGGCGCAGACAGGGCAGUCUCAAGGGCCAGGUAACGGUUCGGUGCUUCCUCCCCCCGCGUCGCCCCCUCAACACUUCUCUCAAAAAUCAAGAGUCCCUCAAGCAGCAAUGUCCGAAAUGAACGUAUGAGAAAUGGAGGAUAUUUACAAUUAUGUGUAAAGUGAUAUUUGUUGUGAAAGUGACACUGUGUGCGUUAUCACUGGACUAAACAUAGUUGUAAAUAUCGUAAAAAAUAUGGUGUAAAGUGUAAUUGUCUUACAGGUAAUGUUUUAAGGUUUGUAGGUGUAAUCGAUAAAUCGGCAAUUAUGGUGUAUAAAUUUAAUAACAAUUUUUUGUUUUAUCUUGUAAAUACAUUUCCAUUUAAAAUGGGUGACGGGCGACUUAAUAUAGGUAGGUAUAAUAAUUAACAAUGUAAAUUUUAACAUACGGUACCAUGUAUAUGUAAAAGAUGCAACCCAUUUUAUAUAACCCUUUGAUCUGUCUGAAGGAAUAAAAAUUAAAUAACAUAAAGCUGUAAAUGGUAUAGCUGUUGCUCUCGACUGCCUUAGUUCGCCUGGUAAUUGACCGCCUAUCCCUUAAAAAAUGUACUCAGAUACAAAUGAGAUGAUAUUCAUUUUUAGAACGGAUUCUGAUCAGAAGUACCUCUACCUCUAUAUGCAAGUAAGUUUUUAACGAAUUGAUAAAAGCUAGAGCGCCCCCGAGUGCCGAUUCGUUUCAAACGUGAACGUGUUCGAGCGUUUCCAUACUAACUGGAAGAGUUUGAUUUUACCGCGCUCACGUCCGUUGCGAAUAUAGGCGAGCGGUAAGAGAGGCCACACAGGCGUUGCCGCUUCAUCGCAUCGACGCAACGCUAUGACUUCAACGUACUAAGUAACUCGUCAAAACGAGUCGUGUGUCCUCACUCUAAGGCUGCUUCCUCACGACGAUGACAUAUCGACGACGAUGGCGGUUAACGCGUCAUAUUUCGCACAGACUUGCGACCGUAGAAAAUAUAUGGAUGUUUGCAAAGACGUUCCCAUGGCAGUCGCCACAUCAACAUCGCUCGCGUGAAUCGUGUGAAGGAUCUAUAUACUAACGAUGCGACGCGACGCGAUUUGUGUCGUUUAGUGAUAUCGCAUAUGUAUAAAAUGUAUGGAUGGUCGCUAAGACGUUCUAACGACAAACGUUAUAUCGUGCGAUAUAUGCCAUCUGUUUGAUAUCCCAUAGAUCUGCGAUAUUAUGAUUAUACACAGAUCGCAUCGCGGCGUGAAAACAUACAUGCAAUUGAAAUCGUCAAUUGAUCUGAUAUCACAAGAACUGCAUCGCGUGGUGGGGAAGCAGCUUUAGUGUAGGUGGUGAAAUAAGCAAGUCGACUGCAACUUAUCCGAAACUUUUGACUAAAAUUGUCGCAACCUACCAAAUAUAAUGGCUCCAUAAAAUAUUAUCUAGAGUAUCAGUUACUCGUACCUUGUUACUUCACUAGUCUGUCAUUUUGAAUGACCUAAAUAUUGUAAAUAAAUUAGGAUCUUAAAGACUGUAUAAUUGUAACAAAUAACGACGAUAAUUAUGACAAAGUUAUUUACAGUCAAUCAGGAAAAUAGUUCAAAUAAAUUGUCUCAAAAACAAAAAGGAAAAUAAUAAUAAUUAUUUAUUAAUUAUUAAUCAUAAAAUAAAACUAAAAUUUUAUUCAAUUAUGUAAUGUCGUAAUUCAAAAUAAUCAGUAGUUAUUAAAAAGGAUAUUGUG